AUGUUGAUCCUGUCUUUGUUUCUCGUGUCCUGUUUCAGUCAUGAGAAGCGGCUGCCCAUAUCCAGAGACGGAGCGGUGCGUUUGGCGGGGACAGGGGACCUCUGUCAGGGCCGGGUGGAGGUCUACUAUCAGGGCAGCUGGGGAACGGUGUGUGAUGAUGACUGGAGCAUUGCGGACGCCACAGUCGUGUGUCAACAAAUCGGCUGCGGACUGGCUGUCGGCGCACCUUCAAAUGCUUACUUCGGCUACGGCACGGGACGGAUUUUGCUGGAUAACGUGAACUGUAACGGGCAGGAGGGCAGCCUGGCCAGCUGUUACAGCCUCGGCUGGGGAGUUCAUAACUGCGGCCAUCAUGAGGAUGCCGGUGUCAUCUGCUCAGGUGCCAGUUCCACCACGGUCCCAAUUAUCAACACAGAGACUAUAGGCAGAGAUUUCAUCGUUCCUGAAAGCACAGCAGUGACAGAAAUGCCAGUGCCAGUACAACAUGAAACAGUAACCACGGUGAUCACUACAGCCUCAACAACGAAAGGUAGUAAAGACACAUAA